AUGUUGUGUCCUACUGCUGAAACGGACACAACUGUGCGUCUAUAUUUUAGGUUUUCUAGACGUACACUGUCAUUUGGGCCCGAGGAGUUUUGUCUUGUGACCGGACUUUACAUGGGCCGGUGUCCUACAUUAAGGAUCGACUUUUCAACCAUGUAUAAACAUGGAUAUGGUGAAAAUAUAUUUCGGUCCAGAGUAUUCCCAUAUCGCACAGACACUUCUUUACUUGUAGAAGAUUUAGAGCUCCUUAUCUUGAAUCAACAAUUCAAUGAUAUAUUAGCUCACAACGGUGUCCGUGCCAUUUUGCUAUAUAUCCUCAAUCAAGGUUUUUUGGGAAAGGAGCUCAAUGAUAAAGUCACCAAGGAAUUUUUGUGGGUGGUGGAGAACCUGGAUCAAUGGAAUAAGUAUUUGUUAAUUUAA